AUGGAAAUCGGUGCCAGUUAUUUGCUGGAUGAUCUCCGGAAGUUGUACACAUCGCAAGAGGGCUGUGAUAUGGUGCUGGUGUCGUCGGAUAACGGAUUAUUUCCUGUUCAUAAAGCCAUCCUCAUCGCUCGCUCUAAAGUAUUCGCCGCCAUGUUAAUACAUCCGACAACGGAAGCUGAAAAUGGUAUUUGUCGUAUUGAUGAUACGGAUGGAGAGACGAUAGCGGCAAUGCUGGAAUUCAUGUACACUGCAACAUGUGCUGACCUUUCCAUUAUGGCGGAAAAGCUUGUCGUCGCCGCGGAUAAAUAUGAUCUCGCGGAUCUCCGUGCCGUUUGUCAGGAAUGCUUGUGCUCUUCCCUGAACGUGGCCAGUGCCGCUCGCAUGCUGAUAUUAUCCAAUCAGCAUGAUUUGAAAAGGCUACGCGAAGCAUCUCUGCAGCUCAGUAUCCAUAAUAUGUCACAGUUUGCGGAAGCCGGUGGACUAGACGAGUUACGCCAGUAUAACACUGAAUUCUUCCUGGAUGUUUUAGCACAAUACGGACUGUUAGCUGGGACUAAAGAAAAUGUGGACAGUGAAUCUAAAAUACCGGGCGAUCUUCGUAUACAUGACGCCUCACAAUGA